GGGACAAUGUCAAUGGAGUUGACUUUUGCGACCAUUUUAGGAACGAACCUACAAUGACAAACGACUUUCUGACAUGUACAUUUUGCAUGCCAGAUCACGCCAGUCAUUGCACUGUCACUUGCCCAUAUCAUGCCAUGUCGAUGUGGCUCAAGCUUCGUGACAAUGCUGGCUCUCCCAGUAAGAAACUGUGCAUCACUGCUUCGCUGUAAUUUUAUCCGGGCCAUGUCUGCACAAGGCAAUGAAAAGAAACGUCGAUUGGAGGGUUUGUCCAUCGGGCUGGUUGGACUUGGCUCCAUUGGGCAAGUGGUGGCAGAGAAUCUGACGAAAGGAAGCCUCUCCGGCCUUUCAGGGGUGUCCUUGAGUGCAGUCAUCGUCCAAAAGGAGCGCACUGAGCGACCGCCAGAGCUUGGGGCGACCGCUUUGCUGACGACCAAGGUUGAGGACUUUAUGGCCGCUGAUUGGUCUCUUUGUGUCGAAGCUGCUGGGCAAUCCUGGGUUCGACAUCACGGCAAGACAGUGCUAGGUACCGGUCGAGACCUUUUGGUGACCUCUGUUGGAGUCUUUACAGAUGAUGACUUACUCGAAGACUUGACGACUACUGCGAGGAUGUCGCACUCACGCCUGCUCCUUCCUGCGGGUGCCAUGCCUGGUUUGGAUUGGAUGUCCAGCGCUGCACUGGACGAAGUCAAGGUAAUUACCCUGGAGCAGCGGAAAAGACCAGAGGGUUGGCGUGGGACUCCUGCAGAGAAAAGCUUAGACUUGGAAAAUGUUACUGAAGCAACUACAGUCUUUCAAGGCCCAGCCCGUGAAGCAGCUAGCCAAUUUCCUAAGAAUGCCAAUAUUGCAGCUGCAUUGGCCUUGGGAACAGUCGGGCUAGAUAGAUUGCAGGUUCGAUUGGUAGCAGACCCGACAGUCCCUGGUCCAACGAACAAAGUGACUUUGGAGGGUAGUUGCGGUGAGCUCACUUUGGAGGUUCGUGGCAGGCCUUUGAGCCAACGCACCUCACGAAUCGUACCAUUUUCAGUUCUAAAAGCUUUAAAGAACCUGGCAUCCCCAGUCAGCAUCGGCCUUUAGACGCUUUAGCUCAUGCCACGGCAUUUUGCGAGACUCUGCGCCACACAAGAGGUCGA